GUUCUGCAACACUAGGCCAAGUUGAAAAAUCUUAAUAUGUUCCUCUUCGGAGCGAAUAGGGAAAGCAAUUGCAUCACGUCAUUGCACUAUGCCUUUAAUAUCGAUAUGUAUCGUACUCCAUAACGACAAUGCCCGAAACCAGUGGGGCGUACUAAAAUUUAAAAAGCUGAAACUCGAGUGCUACUCUUGCAAGCAUCUUCCUCCGAGUCCAUACCCAUCCUUACGAUUUCGUCUACUACAACAAUCUGCCAACAAACCAGUAUACCAUUUGAAUGUCAUCUAUUAUGACUCAACGUGGUAGUGGAAACAUGGCAUUACUGCUGCCGGACGGAAUCGGCAUACGGAUGAUGAGAUCUUCAGAUAUGUCACAAGUCCGUGCACUCCAUACCAAACUCCUCCCAAUCGCAUACCCCACGGCAUUCUUUCUGCAGCUGCUUGUACAGCCACAGCAUAUGUGUUUGAUAGCCACAUGCGACGGCAAAGUCAUAGCAUUUGCCUCUGCUACCAUGGAGAUACGGCAAUCAACGCCAGGGCCACUUGGUUCGAGUAGGGAUCAGGAUCGAUCCACUGGGGGGGGCGCUCCGCGGGUUACCUUGUUGACACUGGGGGUAUCGCCCGAGUUCCAACGACAAGGAAUUGCACGCAGACUCGUACAUGAAGUUGUGCAGCGCCUACGAUCGUCUUGUGGAGCCCCUUGUCAUGAAUCACCUCCCGCUCCAUCGCUCGAUUCGACUGAUGCGGUGAUUUUAUGUGCAGAGGUCGCGCGCGACAAUUCGCCUGGACAGUCUUUUUACUCCCACCUUGGGAUGCAAAGACAAUUGGAAGCGGAUAAGCAGAGCGGGUUUGGUUCGAAGGUACACACGUGCAUGGUACUGGGGGUGAUGAGAACAGUUCCCGUUUCCUGAAAAAUACCAUCGUUAGAUUUUUCAGGAGGUGAUGGCAGGCGUUCGCUGCAGACAGUAUAUUAUCAAAGACGCGCUGGUAUAAGUUAGAACCGUAGUGAAUUUAUAUUUGCCGUAAUGAUAUCUGAUAUUCGCCAUAGCAUUCGUGCCUGCUUCUUUGCUUCAGCUAGAAGGUCGAGAUGGUAUAGGCUAGUCUAGAAAUGACGAUAGCUCGUGAUCUGGACCAAUUUUAUACAUGACAUCACCUGCAGAUGGAGCAGUUGAUGAUCCGAAUGUGACUUGGAGGCCUGCCAGAUAGUGGGGAAGAUCUGUAGUAUACCCACCUGACCAAAAAGUCUUGAAGUCACGAUAACCUACGAUUUCAUCCUG